AUGUAUUUGAGGUAUCUUCACUCGAGUGGUGUGCGCUCUGUGAUUGUUACCAGCGGUACAUUAUCACCAUUAGAUUCAUUUGUUAGCAGUCUUGGCAUAAGUUUCCCGGUAAUACUGGAAAAUCAGCAUGCCGCUAGCUUGGAUCAAAUUUUGGGAGCACGUAUUCGUUACAGUCAAGGUGGAAUUGAUCUUUGCGGCACUUUCCACAGACGGAGCAGUGCAGGAUAUAUUUAUGGACUUGGUGAGGUUAUCAUCCGUGCUUGUCAAAUCAUUCCUGAUGGUAUCUUGGUGUUCUUCUCAUCCUAUGUUGUGAUGAAUUCAUGUCUAAAAUUCUGGAAGACAGCGAAAUUCGGUGCGGCGUUUAUGUGGGAAACAAUAAUGAACCAUAAAGACACAUUCAUUGAACCGAAAUCUAAAUUGGAACUGAAAGCAGUUCUACUACAAUUUAGGCAAAAAGUGAGAGAAAGUAGUGGUAGUGGUGCCAUCUUUUUUGCUGUUUGUAGAGCUAAGGUAAGCGAAGGUAUCGACUUCUCAGAUAAUGAAAGCCGCGGUGUUAUCGUGAUCGGUAUUCCGUAUGCUCCAACAACAAAUCCUAGAAUUGAACUAAAAAAACAAUUUCUCACCAAACAAAGGAUAGGUGUCGCGAAGGAGGAAUUAAAAAAAAAUAUAUCAGCUGACGAAUGGUAUCAGGUGGAUGCAAUUCGCGGUGUGAAUCAGUCAAUUGGGCGUGUUCUUCGACAUAAGGAUGAUUUUGGAGUUGUCAUUCUUGUUGAUUCAAGAUUUUGCUCGAUGCCAUCAAAACGGUUUCCCUCGUGGAUGCGUGGAUGCUUGAAAAAUUAUCAAAAUAUUGGCCAUUUUGAAAAUGAAUGCAAGCAGUUCUUCAAAAAAAGAAAUAUCGAAGUAUGUGUUAACCACAAGAAGAUAUCAUCAGUUAUGGAGAUGGCGUCCGGAUUUGUUUCUUCCCGGAAGCGGCAUGAAAUCGUGGAGCAGAAGAAGACAAACGAUGAGGGGUUGCCUUUCGAUAUCGAUACACUCUACUCUUCUGAAGCAGUAGCCGCGUUUGAAAAAAGUAUUGGUGUCGAAGACACUGUACCGAAACGUCCAAAAAGAAGUUGUAUUUUUGAGGAAUUAGAAGAAGCGGAAAAGAAUGAAUUAGUUGAUGUCAGUCAUUCUGCUGAUAUUGACGACAGUAAUAUUCAGUCGGGCAGUGGUAUGGUAAUCCAGAAAACCAAGCCUAAACUGCGCUUAAAGCCGAACAAUUCAUCUUUAAUCAAAGGCCAGUGCCGCCCACAGAUUGGUACGCCUGAGGAAAAGAUGAAAGAACAUAAAUCUUUGUCGAUACGUCAAUCUGAUUCAGAUAUAAUGAGCGGUUGGCAAAGGUCUGCGGUGGAGUACAACAAACUACUUCAAUCUAUGGAGAAAUCGAAACGCAUAACCCUAAAAAUGGCAUUAAAAAAUUAUGCAACGGAUAAUAAUUUUCAAACACUGAUUUCAACAUUUACUAUGGAAACUGUACCAAACCAUUUGGAAAUUUUCAAAGGUCUAUACGGUUAUUUGUAUACGAAUCAUCGACCUGAAUUUUUAAAUAUAUGUCGGCAACUCAAACUUCUAUAA